AUGCCACAUGUUUUUGAAAAGUGUCUACAAGUGUCAGCGUUGCCUAAUGCAAGUACCAGCAAUCUUCAGCUCACACGUUCCUGCCAUCUUAGUCGUCCGGGCUCUGAGUCUAGAGCUGGGGUCAGGGCUUGCCAAGCUGCCGCUCACGGCAAGUAUUUCUCUUUUUACGACGUUACUCGGCCUGAUGCCGUUCCCACUUUCAGACUAGCUCCAGCAGAUCCAGCAUCACAAAUCCUGCUUUACUACCAGAACACCGGCGGCAUCAACAUGUCCAUUGCUGACUACCAGCUAGCAUGCAACGACGCUGAUAUUUAUGCUUUCACCGAAACCUGGCUGAACAACAACACUCUAUCACAUCAACUUUUCAACGAAACGUCUUCCGUUCACCGGCAGGACCGUUCAGUUCACAACAGCAACAAGAGCAGUGGUGGUGGAGUUCUCCUAGCUGUUCGCUCCAGCUUCAAAUCUCGUCUAUUGAAACCUCCUGAGGACUUAACGGUAGAGCACCUGUGGGUGGCGAUUUCAAUGCUUACUGGCACUCUGUUUGUUUGCGUAAUAUACGUGCCUCCCGAUCGCGUCAAUGACUGUACCCUAAUUGAAAAUCACACUCUUUCUCUGGAAUGGGUCGUUUCACAAAUGGGAGCUACAGACAACAUUGUCAUUUUGGGCGACUUCAACCUUAGUACAAUAUCAUGGCUUCACGGCAGUAACAACUUCCGGUUCCCAGAUAACUCUCGUUCAUCGAUCAGGCCAGCAUCGUCAGUCCUACUCGAUGCGUACUCUUCUGCUAGACUCCGGCAAGUGAACGGCACCAUGAACGCCAACAACCGUUUGCUCGACUUGUGCUUCAUCAGCGAGGAGCUGGGACAUAGCUGUUCACUUUUACAAGCUCCGGCACCGCUUGUCAAAAAUUGCAGACAUCAUCCACCUCUGCUAAUGACGUUUGAACUACUUCCUGAGCAUCAUUUUGAAGCAAUCGCCGAAACCGUUCACUACGACUUUUACAGCACUGAUUUUGAGGGAAUGAAAAACUUUCUAGCUGAUGUUGACUGGACUACAUCUCUUAGCGGUGACGAUGCUAACUCCGCAGCAUCGACUAUGAGUAACAUUCUUAUUUAUGCAAUUGAUCGGUUUGUGCCUAAAAAACUUACCCGUGAGCAGCCACAUCCAAGUUGGUCAAACUCAGAGCUGAGACGCUUGAAGAGGCUUAAAAGGGCGGCACUAAAGAAAUAUAGUAAACGUCGAACCGAUUUGUCGAAAGCUGAAUACUUACGCGCCAACACUGCAUAUAAACGCCUCAAUAGUGCUUUGUACAAUGACUACCAGUUUAAUCUGCAGAAUCGACUGAAAACGAACCCCAAAAAAUUCUGGAGCUAUGUGUAA